GCCAGCCAGAGUGCAGGCUGCUGGGCAGGAUCCGUGCCGGUCCUGGGCCGUGAGAGGUGGGUGAGACCUGGUGGCCCCUGCCCCACCAUCUGAGUCCCUGGUCUGUGUGCUGCUCUGAGUCCCCGGUUGAGACAGAAGCCCCCAUAGGGAGGACCUGGUGCUGUCCUGGAAGCAGUGGGGGUGACCUCAGGUCUCCGCCCUUCCCCUCCCCUUCCACCAUGGAUCACUCCUCAUUCAGUGGUGCGCCCCGAUUCCUGACCCGGCCCAAGGCCUUUGUGGUGUCUGUGGGUAAGGACGCCACGCUGAGCUGCCAGAUUGUGGGCAACCCCACGCCACAAGUGAACUGGGAAAAGGACCAGCAGCCGGUGGAGGCAGGCACUCGCUUCCGCCUGGCCCAGGAUGGCGACCAGUACCGCCUCACGAUCCUGGACCUGGCUGUAGGAGACAGCGGACAAUACCUGUGCCGCGCGCGCAAUGCCAUCGGCGAGGCCUUCGCAGCAGUGGGCCUCCAGGUAAACGCCGAGGCCGCGUGUGCAGAGCAGGUGCCCCACUUCUUGCUGCGGCCCACGUCCAUCCGCGUGCGUGAGGGCGAGGAAGCCACCUUCUGCUGCCGUGUGCGCGGCUCACCGCCUAUGGCAGUGAGCUGGGCCAAGGAUGGGAGGCGCCUGGGAGUUCCUGAUGCCCCGCGAAUGACUGUGGAGGCCAGUGGCGAGGCGAGUGCGCUGCGCAUCCAGGACGCGCGGCCCCGCGAUGGUGGAACCUACACGGUGCGCGCUGAGAACCCACUGGGCACCGCCAGCGCCGACGCUGCGCUUACAGUAGACGCGGAUGCUGGCUCCGCAGGCCCGCCUGGGACUUCUACAGCCGCGCUCUUGGCGCACCUGCAGCUUCGGCGCGAGGCCAUGUGGGCUGAGAGAGCCCCAGCCUCACCACCAGGUUCGGGCACACGCACCUGCACGGUGACCGAGGGCAAGCACGCGCGCCUCAGCUGCUACGUGACGGGUGAGCCCAAGCCGGAGACGGUGUGGAAGAAGGAUGGGCAGUUGGUUGCUGAGGGCCGGCGACACGUGGUGUACGAGGACGCUCAGGAAAACUUUGUGCUCAAGAUUCUUUUCUGCAAGCAGUCGGACCGUGGCCUCUACACCUGCACAGCAUCCAACCUCGUGGGCCAAACCUACAGCUCUGUGCUGGUCGUUGUUAGAGAACCUGUGGUGCCCUUCAAGACCCGACUGCAGGACCUGGAGGUGCAGGAGAAGGGGUCGGCCACGUUCCGGUGUGAGGUGCCACUGCUGACCAUGCAGGCUCUAUGGUACAAGGAAGAUACGAGGCUGUGGGCCGGCACCAAGUAUGCCAUUGAGGAGGAGGGCAUGGAGCGCCGGCUGACUGUGCACAACACCUCGGCUGACGAUGAUGCUGUGUACAUCUGUGAGACAGCUGAGGGCAGUCGCACUGUGGCUGAGCUCGCAGUACUAGGCAACCUCACCAGGAAGCUCCCGAGAAAGACAGUGGUGCGAGUUGGGGACACUGCCCUGUUCUGCGUGGAGCUGGCCAGGCCAGAGGGCCCUGUCCACUGGCUCUGGAACCAGAAAGAGGUGGUGGCUGGAGGUCGUGUGGUCAUUACCGCUGAAAGCACACGCCACACGCUGACCAUCGCCCAGUGCAGCCUGGAAGAUGUGGGCGAGGUGGCCUUUGUGGCUGGGGACUGCCGAACAUCCACACAGUUCUGCGUGUCAGCCCCUAGGAAGCCACCACCGCACCCCCCUGAGGCCCCUGUGGUGAAGGCCAAGACAGAGAGUUCUGUGACUCUCAGCUGGUCCCCACCACUCUGUGUGGACCGCCCUGUUACCAUCGAUGGCUACCUGGUGGAGAAGAAGAGACUGGGCUCCUAUAGCUGGAGCCGGUGCCAUGAGACUGAGUGGGUGGCCACGCCUGAGGUGACUGUGGCCUGCGUGACUGAGGAGGGAGACUACCAAUUCCGGGUGUCAGCUGUGAACAGCUUUGGCCAGAGCGCCUACCUUGAGUUCCCGGGGACCAUCCACCUGGCCCCUCAGCUAGCUGUGAAGACGCCUCUGAAGGCGGUAGAGGCAGUGGAGGGCAGUGAGGUGAUCUUCUUUGUGGACCUCACUUUGGCCUCAGUGGGCAAGUGGUUCUUGGACAGGCAGGCUCUGAAGGCCAGCAGCAUGUAUAUGAUCCUCUGUGAUGGCAUCCGGCACGCCCUCACUAUCCACUCAGUGCCUGCCAGCUUGCACUGUGCUGAACUCAAGUUCGUGGCCAAUGGCUUUGAGAGCAGUAUCUGCAUGGAGGUCUGAGUGGCCCCAGGGCUGAGCACCAACCAUCCAGCAGAAGUUCGGGAGGUGCUGGCCCGGCUGCAUGAGGAGGCACAGCUCCUGGCUGAGCUGUCAGACCAGGUGGCAACCGUGACAUGGCUCAAGGAUGGCCGAGCACUACCCCCAGGCCCCAAGUACCAGGUGCAGACUUUGGCAGGGCAGUGGGCACUACUGGUGCGAGACGUGGCACAAGAUGACGCCGGCCUGUACGAGUGUGUCAGCCGUGGGGACCGCAUCACUUACCAGCUGUCAGUGCAAGGACUCACACCCUUUCUGCACAAGGACUCAGCCGGUGGCUGCUUGGACACUGUGACAGGGGGCCCAGCCUACUUUGAGUGUGAGACUGUGGAGGCCCACGUGCCUGUGUGCUGGGUCAAGGAUGGUGUGGAGCUCAGCUUCUCUGGCUCCUUCUCGCAAGAGGACAUGGGCACGCGGCACCAGCUGGUGGCCGACUCAGUCAGCAGGCAGGACUAGGGCACCUAUUCAUGUCGUGUGGGCGAGCACUCUGUGGAUUUCCAGCUGCACAUUUGCAAGCCCUCGGUGGUAUUUGCCAAGGAGCAGCCAGCACGCAGUCAGGUGCAGGCCGAGGCGGGGGCCAGCGCCACGCUGAGCUGCAAGGUGGCCCAGGCCCAGACGCAGGUGACGUGGUACAAGGACGGCAAGAAGCUGAGUGGGAGCUCGAAAGUGCGCGUGGAGGCCUCGGACUGCACCCGGUGGCUGGUGCUGCCGCAGGCAGGGAAGGCGGACUCCGGGGAGUACAGCUGUGAGACUGGGGGCCAGAGGGUCACCUUCAGCCUGGAUGAGCCCACAGUGGUGUUUGCCAAGGAGCAGGCGGCACGCAGUCAGGUGCAGGCCGAGGCGGGGGCCAGCGCCACGCUGAGCUGCGAGGUGGCCCAGGCCCAGACGCAGGUGACGUGGUACAAGGACGGCAAGAAGCUGAGUGGGAGCUCGAAAGUGCGCGUGGAGGCCUCGGGCUGCACCCGGCGGCUGGUGCUGCCGCAGGCAGGGAAGGCGGACUGCGGGGAGUACAGCUGCGAGGCCGGGGGCCAGAAGGUCACCUUCAGCCUGGAUGUCUCAGAGCCCACGGUGGUGUUUGCCAAGGAGCAGCCGGCAUGCAGUCAGGUGCAGGCCGAGGCGGGGGCCAGCGCCACGCUGAGCUGCGAGGUGGCCCAGGCCCAGACGCAGGUGACGUGGUACAAGGACGGCAAGAAGCUGAGUGGGAGCUCGAAAGUGCGCGUGGAGGCCUCGGGCUGCACCCGGCGGCUGGUGCUGCCGCAGGCAGGGAAGGCGGACUGCGGGGAGUACAGCUGCGAGGCCGGGGGCCAGAAGGUCACCUUCAGCCUGGAUGUCUCAGAGCCCACGGUGGUGUUUGCCAAGGAGCAGCCGGCACGCAGUCAGGUGCAGGCCGAGGCGGGGGCCAGCGCCACGCUGAGCUGCGAGGUGGCCCAGGCCCAGACGCAGGUGACGUGGUACAAGGACGGCAAGAAGCUGAGUGGGAGCUCGAAAGUGCGCGUGGAGGCCUCGGGCUGCACCCGGCGGCUGGUGCUGCCGCAGGCAGGGAAGGCGGACUGCGGGGAGUACAGCUGCGAGGCCGGGGGCCAGAAGGUCACCUUCAGCCUGGAUGUCUCAGAGCCCACGGUGGUGUUUGCCAAGGAGCAGCCGGCACGCAGUCAGGUGCAGGCCGAGGCGGGGGCCAGCGCCACGCUGAGCUGCGAGGUGGCCCAGGCCCAGACGCAGGUGACGUGGUACAAGGACGGCAAGAAGCUGAGUGGGAGCUCGAAAGUGCGCGUGGAGGCCUCGGGCUGCACCCGGCGGCUGGUGCUGCCGCAGGCAGGGAAGGCGGACUGCGGGGAGUACAGCUGCGAGGCCGGGGGCCAGAAGGUCACCUUCAGCCUGGAUGUCUCAGAGCCCACGGUGGUGUUUGCCAAGGAGCAGGCGGCACGCAGUCAGGUGCAGGCCGAGGCGGGGGCCAGCGCCACGCUGAGCUGCGAGGUGGCCCAGGCCCAGACGCAGGUGACGUGGUACAAGGACGGCAAGAAGCUGAGUGGGAGCUCGAAAGUGCGCGUGGAGGCCUCGGGCUGCACCCGGCGGCUGGUGCUGCCGCAGGCAGGGAAGGCGGACUGCGGGGAGUACAGCUGCGAGGCCGGGGGCCAGAAGGUCACCUUCAGCCUGGAUGUCUCAGAGCCCACGGUGGUGUUUGCCAAGGAGCAGGCGGCACGCAGUCAGGUGCAGGCCGAGGCGGGGGCCAGCGCCACGCUGAGCUGCGAGGUGGCCCAGGCCCAGACGCAGGUGACGUGGUACAAGGACGGCAAGAAGCUGAGUGGGAGCUCGAAAGUGCGCGUGGAGGCCUCGGGCUGCACCCGGCGGCUGGUGCUGCCGCAGGCAGGGAAGGCGGACUGCGGGGAGUACAGCUGCGAGGCCGGGGGCCAGAAGGUCACCUUCAGCCUGGAUGUCUCAGAGCCCACGGUGGUGUUUGCCAAGGAGCAGCCGGCACGCAGUCAGGUGCAGGCCGAGGCGGGGGCCAGCGCCACGCUGAGCUGCGAGGUGGCCCAGGCCCAGACGCAGGUGACGUGGUACAAGGACGGCAAGAAGCUGAGUGGGAGCUCGAAAGUGCGCGUGGAGGCCUCGGGCUGCACCCGGCGGCUGGUGCUGCCGCAGGCAGGGAAGGCGGACUGCGGGGAGUACAGCUGCGAGGCCGGGGGCCAGAAGGUCACCUUCAGCCUGGAUGUCUCAGAGCCCACGGUGGUGUUUGCCAAGGAGCAGCCGGCACGCAGUCAGGUGCAGGCCGAGGCGGGGGCCAGCGCCACGCUGAGCUGCGAGGUGGCCCAGGCCCAGACGCAGGUGACGUGGUACAAGGACGGCAAGAAGCUGAGUGGGAGCUCGAAAGUGCGCGUGGAGGCCUCGGGCUGCACCCGGCGGCUGGUGCUGCCGCAGGCAGGGAAGGCGGACUGCGGGGAGUACAGCUGCGAGGCCGGGGGCCAGAAGGUCACCUUCAGCCUGGAUGUCUCAGAGCCCACGGUGGUGUUUGCCAAGGAGCAGCCGGCACGCAGUCAGGUGCAGGCCGAGGCGGGGGCCAGCGCCACGCUGAGCUGCGAGGUGGCCCAGGCCCAGACGCAGGUGACGUGGUACAAGGACGGCAAGAAGCUGAGUGGGAGCUCGAAAGUGCGCGUGGAGGCCUCGGGCUGCACCCGGCGGCUGGUGCUGCCGCAGGCAGGGAAGGCGGACUGCGGGGAGUACAGCUGCGAGGCCGGGGGCCAGAAGGUCACCUUCAGCCUGGAUGUCUCAGAGCCCACGGUGGUGUUUGCCAAGGAGCAGCCGGCACGCAGUCAGGUGCAGGCCGAGGCGGGGGCCAGCACCACGCUGAGCUGCGAGGUGGCCCAGGCCCAGACGCAGGUGACGUGGUACAAGGACGGCAAGAAGCUGAGUGGGAGCUCGAAAGUGCGCGUGGAGGCCUCGGGCUGCACCCGGCGGCUGGUGCUGCCGCAGGCAGGGAAGGCGGACUGCGGGGAGUACAGCUGCGAGGCCGGGGGCCAGAAGGUCACCUUCAGCCUGGAUGUCUCAGGUCAUGUGGCCGUGUUUCGAAAGCCCACGGUGGUGUUUGCCAAGGAGCAGCCGGCACACAGUCAGGUGCAGGCCGAGGCGGGGGCCAGCGCCACGCUGAGCUGCGAGGUGGCCCAGGCCCAGACGCAGGUGACGUGGUACAAGGACGGCAAGAAGCUGAGUGGGAGCUCGAAAGUGCGCGUGGAGGCCUCGGGCUGCACCCGGCGGCUGGUGCUGCCGCAGGCAGGGAAGGCGGACUGCGGGGAGUACAGCUGCGAGGCCGGGGGCCAGAAGGUCACCUUCAGCCUGGAUGUCUCAGAGCCCACGGUGGUGUUUGCCAAGGAGCAGGCGGCACGCAGUCAGGUGCAGGCCGAGGCGGGGGCCAGCACCACGCUGAGCUGCGAGGUGGCCCAGGCCCAGACGCAGGUGACGUGGUACAAGGACGGCAAGAAGCUGAGUGGGAGCUCGAAAGUGCGCGUGGAGGCCUCGGGCUGCACCCGGUGGCUGGUGCUGCCGCAGGCAGGGAAGGCGGACUGCGGGGAGUACAGCUGCGAGGCCGGGGGCCAGAAGGUCACCUUCAGCCUGGAUGUCAUAGAGCCAGAGCCUGAACCUGCAGCCCUGGAGAGACCAGGCCGCAGGGAGCUUCUGGUGGUUAGGGAACACGAGGAUAUUGUCCUGACUGCCGUGCUGCCCACACCCUCUGUGGCUGUGGUGACUUGGCUCAAGGAUGGCGUGGAGAUUCGACGCAGCAAGCGGCAUGAGACGGCCAGCCUGGGGGACACACACACCCUGACCGUGCGCAGCGCACAGACACUGGACAGCGCCAUCUACAGCUGCCGCGUGGGCGCUGAGGGGCAGGACUUCCCAGUGCAGGUGGAAGAGGUGGCUGCCAAGUUCUGCCGGCCCCUGGAGCCUGUGAGCGGGGAGCUGGGUGGCACUGUGACGCUGACCUGCGAGCUGAGACCGGAGCAGGCGGAGGUGCUGUGGCGCUGCAGAAGCACACAGCUGCGGGCGGGCAAGCGCUUCCAGAUGGCAGCCGUGGGGCCUCUGCGCUCGCUCACCGUGUCAGCCCUCAGGGUGGAGGAUGCGGGCGAAUACGUGUGCGAGAGCCGCGACGACCGCACUAGCACCCAGCUCACAGUCUGUGUCCCCCGCGAGGUCAAGUUCACGUCCGGGCUGAGCACUGUGGUUGCAGAGGAGGGCCUUGAGGCCACCUUCCAGUGUGUGGUGACCCCCAGCGACGCAGCCGUCACGUGGUUCCGGGAGGGCGUCCAGCUGCAGCCCAGCGAGAAGUUUCUCAUAUCACAGAGCGGCGCCAGCCACAGCUUGACCAUCUCCUGUGUGGCCCUGGAGGACGCAGGGGAGAUCACCGCGGAGGCUGAGGGUGUCACAUCCUCGGCUGUCCUCCGGGUCCGAGAGGCUCCUGUGCUGUUCAAGAAGAAGCUGGAGCCACAGACAGUGGAGGAGUGGGGUUCCGUGACCAUGGUGGUGGAGCUGACUAGGCCUUGGCCAGAGGUCAAGUGGACACGCAACGCCAUGGUCCUGGCCCCAGGCGAGAAGGUGGAGAUCCAUGCAGAGGGCACGAGUCACUCCCUGGUCCUCCACAGUGUGGGUUUUGCUGACCGUGGCUUCUAUGGCUGUGAGACACCAGAUGACAAGACGCAGGCUAAGCUCACAGUGGAAAUGCGCCAGGUCCGGCUCCUGCGGGGCCUGCAAGCAGUGGAGGUACAGGAGCAGGGCUCAGCCAUCAUGGAGGUGGAGCUGUCUCAUGCCAGUGUGGAGGGCAGCUGGACGCGCGAUGGCCUUCGGGUGAAGCCAGGGCCCUCGUGCCACCUGGCAGUGCAAGGCCCCAUCCACACACUCACACUGUCUGAGCUGCGGCCACAGGACGGUGGUCUCAUUGCCUUCAAAGCUGAGGGCGUGCACACAUCUGCUCGGCUCGUGGUAACUGAGCUGCCUGUGAGGUUCAGCCGCCUGCUGAAAGAUGUUGUGGCCACAGAAAAGGACAAAGUGACCCUGGAGUGUGAGCUGUCCCGUCCCAAUGUGGAUGUGCGCUGGCUGAAGGAUGGUGUGGAGCUGCAGGUUGGCAAGACAGUGGGCAUGGCAGCCCAGGGUACCUGCCGGACCCUCAUCAUUUAUCAGUGUGCCUUUGGGGACCAGGGCGUGUAUGUGUGUGAUGCCCAUGAGGCUCAGACCUCGGCCUCUCUGAAGGUGCAAGGCCGCAAUGUCCAGAUCCUGAGGCCCUUGGAGGAUGUGGAGGUGACAGAGAAGGAGAGUGCCACCUUCUCCUGCGAGGUCUCCCAUGACGAGGUGCUAACCCAGUGGUUCUGGGAGGGCAGUAAGCUUCGGCCCAGUGACAACGUGCGCAUCCGCCAGGAAGGGAGGACAUACACACUCAUCUACCGGAGGGUCCUGGUGGAAGAUGCAGGAGAAAUCCGAUUUGUGGCCGAAAAUGCAGAAUCUCGAGCUCAGCUCCGAGUGAGAGAGCUGCCAGUGUCCAUCCUGCGCCCACUCCGGGACAAGAUCGCCAUGGAGAAGCACCGUGGCAUACUUGAGUGCCAGAUGUCACGGGCCAGCGCCCAGGUGCGGUGGUUCAAGGGUGGCGUGGAACUGUGGCCCGGACCCAAGUACGAGAUGGUCAGUGAUGGCCUCUACCGAAAGCUGGUCAUCAAUGACGUGCAGCCCAAUGAUGAGGACACUUAUACAUGUGAUGCUGGCGAUGUAAAGACAAGUGCCCAGUUCUUUGUGGAAGAGCAAUCCAUCACCAUCGUGCGGGGCCUGCAGGACAUGACAGUGAUGGAGCCCGCCCCUGCCUGGUUUGAGUGCGAGACCUCUAUCCCAUCUGUUCGGUUGCCUAAGUGGCUGCUAGGGAAGACGCUGCUGCAGGCUGGGGCAGACGUGGGCAUGGAGCAGGAAGGCACAGUGCACCGGCUGACGCUACGGCGCACCUGCUCUACCAUGACCGGGCCAGUGCACUUCACCAUUGGCAAGUCUCGCUCCACCGCCCACCUGGUCGUCUCAGACAUCCCUGUGGUGCUUACCCGGCCACUGGAGCCUAAGACUGGACGAGAGCUGCAGUCAGUGGUCCUGUCCUGUGACUUCAAACCACCCCCGAAGGCCGUGCAGUGGUACAAGGAGGACACACCCCUGGUGCCAUCCGACAAGUUCAAAAUGAGUCUGGAGGGUCACAUGGCAGAGCUGCGCAUCCUGCGGCUCACGCCCACCGAUGCUGGCGUCUACCGGUGCCAGGCCGGCAAUGCCCAGAGCAGCACCCAAGUCACCGUGGAAGUGCGGGAGGUGAUGGUGACGCAGCCACUGCAGGACGUAGAGGCCACAGAGGAGGGUCGUGCCUGCUUCUCGUUGGAGCUUUCCCAUGAGGAUGAAGAGGUGGAGUGGUCGCUCAAUGGGACACCCCUCUACAAUGACAGUUUCCACGAAAUUACCCACAAGGGCCGCCGCCACACGCUGGUGCUGAAACGGGUCAGGCGGUCGGACACCGGCAUGGUGUGCGCCUCUUCCCCCAAGGUGACGGCCUCUGCUCACCUGGAGGUCAGAGUGAAACCGGUGGUGUUCCUGAGGGCGCUGGAUGAUGUGUCUGUGGAGGAGCGGGGCUCUCUGGCCCUGCAGUGUGAGGUCUCUGACCCCGACGCCUGCGUGGUGUGGCGCAAGGAUGGCGUAGAGCUGGGCCCCAGUGACAAGUAUGACUUUCUGCAAACGGCGGGCACACGCGGUCUAGUGGUGCACGACCUGAGUAAGGAUGACACGGGCCUGUACACCUGCCACCUAGGCACUGAGGAGACCCGGGCGCAGGUCAACGUACAGGACCUGCACGUGGGUAUCACCAAGAGGCUGAAGACGGUGGAGGUGCUAGAAGGUGAGGGCUGCAGCUUUGAGUGCAUCCUGUCCCAUGAGGACACAGGCGACACUGCCACGUGGACAGUCGGCGGAAAGACAGUGGGUGACUCUGGCCGCUUCCAGGCUACGCGCCAGGGCCGAAAGUUCACCCUGGCUGUGCAAGAGGUGGUGCCGGGUGACAGCGGGGAGGUGGUCUUCACUGUGCGGGGCCUCACCUCCAGGGCCUCACUCAUCGUCAGAGAAAAGCCAGCGGACAUAACAAAACCCCUGGAGGACCAGCGGGCUGUGCCAGGGGAGGAUGUGGUACUGAGUUGUGAGCUGUCACGGGCAGGCGCCCCAGUGCGCUGGCUGAAGGAAGGGAAAGCCAUUCGCAAGAGUCAGAAGUAUGACCUGCUCAGUGAGGGCACUCGGGCUGUGCUGGUGGUCCACACAGCCUCGAUCAAGGAUUCUGGAGAGUACACGUGUGAGACAGAAGUUUCUAAGAGCACGGCUAGCCUCCGCGUGGAAGAAAUGGCAAACCGGUUCACAGAGGAGCUGGUGGAUCUGCGGGUAGAGGAGAAAGGCACGGCUGUGUUCACUUGCAAGACAGAGCGCCCUGCAGCCACAGUGACCUGGCGCAAAGGUCUCUCCGAGCUGCGUGCCUCAGAGAAGCAUGCACCCAGCCAAGAGGGCAAGACUCUGAGGCUCACCAUCAGCUCUCUGGAGAAGGCGGAUGACGACACCUACACUUGUGACAUCGGCCAGGCAAAGUCCCAGGCACGGCUCCUGGUGCAAGGUCAGAGAGUACUCAUCGUGGAGGAGCUUGGGGAUGCUGAAGUGCAGGAGGGCUCCUCAGCCACCUUCAAGUGCCGCAUCUCCCCUGCUGACUGCGGACCCGUCCACUGGUUCCUGGACAAGACACCCCUACAUGCCAAUGAGCUCAAUGAGAUUGAGGCCCAGUCGGGUGGCUGCCAUGUGCUCACUCUGCGGCAGCUUGCGCUCAAAGACUCGGGUACUGUCCACUUCGAAGCUGGCGACCAGCGGUCCUCAGCCACGCUGCGGGUCACAGAGAAGCCAAGUGUCUUCUCCCAGGAGCUCAAGGAUGCCACAGUCAUGGAGGGGGAGGAUCUGACCCUGGUCUGUAAGACCACUGUCCCGGACAACCCUGUGCACUGGACCAAGGAUGGGCGAACCCUGCGGGUAUCAGCCCGGUGCCAGCUGAGCCGUGAGGGCCACCACGCCCAGCUGGUCAUCACUGACACCACCUUGCAGGACAGUGGGCGCUACAAGUGUGAGGCUGGGGGUGCCUGGAGCAGCUCCAUUGUCAGGGUCCACGCACGGCCGGUGCAGUUCCAGGAGGGGCUGAAGGACAUGGAGGUGCUGGAGGGCGGGGCGGCUACACUGUGUUGUAAGCUGUCGUCUGUGGCUGUGCCUGUGGAGUGGCACCGAGAGGAUGAGGUUCUGCGGCCAGGAGGCAAGUACAGCAUGCGGCAGAGGGGCGCCACACUGGAGCUGGUGGUCCAGGACCUGCAGCCCCAUGACAGUGGGCGGUACUCCUGUCACUUUGGGGACCAGACAACCUCAGCCAUGCUUACUGUGAAGGCCUCGCCUGCUAAGUUCAUAGGAAGAAUGAAAAGCAAGGAGGCCACAGAAGGGGCCACGGCCACCCUGCACUGUGAGCUGAGCAAGGCAGCCCCUGUGGAGUGGAGGAAGGGGCCCGAGACCCUCAGAGCUGGGGACAGAGUCAGCCUGAGGCAGGACGGGGCCGUGUGUGAGCUGGAGAUCCGGGACCUGGCUCUGACUGAUACUGGGGAGUACUCGUGCGUGUGUGGGCAGGAGAGGACAUCGGCCACGCUCACCAUCAGAGCCCCACAGCUGGUAUUCAGAGAGCCCUUGAGGAGCCUGCAGGCUGAAGAAGGCACGUGGGCCAGCCUGCAGUGUGAGCUGUGGGAGCCCAGUGCUGUGGUCUGGAGCAAGGGUGGCUUGGAGCUACAGGCCAGUGAGCGCCUGGAGCCACGGCAGCAGGGUUGCUUGGUGGAGCUGGUACUGCAAGACCUGUGCCGGGAGGAUGCAGGCGAGUACACCUGCACUUGUGGCUCCCAGGCCACCAGCGCCACCCUCACUGUCACAGCUGCACCUGUGCGGUUCCUCCAGGAGCUACAGGCCCAGGAGGUGGAUGAGGGUGCGGUGGCAUGCUUGCGCUGUGAGCUGAGCCAGGCAGGCGCCAGUGUGGAGUGGCGCAAGGGCAUGCUACAACUCUUCCCCUGCACCAAGUAUCAGAUGGUGCAGGAGGGUGUGACUGUGGAGCUGCUGGUGCAUGGUGUGGAGCAGGAGGACAGUGGCUACUAUACCUGUGACACAGGCCACACUCAGAGUACCGCCAGACUCUCGGUCCGAGCCCCUAGGCCUGUCUUCCAGACUGAGCUGCAGGACACAGAGCAGGAGGUGGGCAGCCUGGCCCGGCUGUGCUGCCAGCUGAGCCAAGUGGAGCCCAGGGCCCCUGUGCAGUGGCUCAAGGAGGGUGUGGAGCUGCACGCAGGCCCCAAAUAUGAGAUGCAUCACCAGGGGGUCAUGUGUGAGCUGCUAAUCCAUGGGCUUGAGGCCAAGGACUCUGGCGAGUACACCUGUGUGGUGGGUGGCCAGAAAACCACGGCCUCUGUCAAGGUCAGAGCCCCCAAGGUGACCAUUCUGAAGCCCCUGCAAGACGUGCAGCUCAGUGAGGGCCAGGACGCCCACUUCCGAUGCCAGCUGUCCAGGGCCUCUAGCCAGGAGGCCUGCUGGGCCCUGGAAGGGGUGCCGCUGCAGGCCAAUGAAAUGAAUGACAUUACAGUGGAGCAAGGCACAGUCCACUCGCUCACUCUUCACAAGGUGACCCUGGAGGAUGCUGGAACCAUCAGUUUCCGAGUGGGAUCAUGUAGCUCAGAGGCCCAGCUGAAGGUCACAGCCAAGAAUACAGUGGUGCGAGGCCUGGAGAACGUCGAGGCGCUGGAGGGAGGCGAAGCCCUGUUCGAGUGCCAGCUUUCCCAGCCAGAGGUGGCUACCCACUCUUGGCUGCUGGAUGACAAGCCAGUGCACAGCUCCGAGAACAUUGAGGUGGUCUACUUCGAGAAUGGCCUGAGGCACCUGCUCCUGCUGAAAAACCUGCGGCCUCAGGACAGCUGCCGGGUGACCUUCCUGGCAGGAGAUGUGGUGACGUCUGCGUUCCUCACCGUCAGAGGCUGGCGCUUGGAGGUCCUGGAGCCCCCGAGGGACAUGGCUGUGCAGAUGGGAAGCCAGGCCCACUUUAGCUGCACGCUCAGCGAGGUGGUGCUGGUGGGCGAGGCAACCUGGUACAUCAACGGGGCAGCAGUGCAACUUGAUGAUGCCAACUGGACAGUUACCGCAGAUGGCAGCCACCACACACUGCUGCUGCACUGUGCCCAGCUGCACCACGCUGGCGAGGUCACCUUCGCUGCCCGUGACGCUGUGGUUUCUGCGCGGCUUACCGUGCUGGGCCUCCCUGAUCCCCCGGAGGAUGCUGAGGUGGUGGGGCGCAGUGACCACUCUGUGACGCUGUCCUGGGCAGCACCCACCAAUGAUGGUGGCAGAGGCCUCUGCGGUUACCAGGUGGAGAUGAAGGCAUCUGCCACAGGCGAGUGGCGGCUGUGCCACAAGCUGGUGCCUGGGCCUGAGUGCAUUGUGGAUGGCCUGGCCCCCGGGGAGACCUAUCGCUUCCGUGUGGCAGCAGUGGGCCCUGCAGGGGCCGGAGAGCCCGUGCACCUGCCCCAGAUGGUGAGGCUAGAGCCCCCGGAACCUGCGCCUGUGCCCCCUUCUCCUGAGAGCCGUCAGGUGGUAGCGGGCGAGGACUUGUGUCUGGAGUGUGAGGUGGCAGAGGCUGGUGAGGUUGUCUGGCUGAAGGAGACGGAGCGCAUCCAGUUUGGUGGGCGCUUCCAGGCCAUCUCCCAUGGUCGGCGGCAGACACUGGUGAUCCGUGGCUUCUCGGCGGAGGACCAGGGACAGUACUGCUGCCGCCUGGCCAGGGACCCGAUCUCUGCCGCUACCAUCACCUUCCAGGUGGUGCUGACCCCAGGAUCUGGGGAUGAGGUCCCUGCACAGCCCAGCCUGCCCCCCGAGGCAGCCCAGGAAGGCGACCUGCACCUGCUGUGGGAGGCUUUGGCUCGGAAGCGCCGCAUGAGCCGAGAGCCCACACUAGACUCCAUCAGCGAGCUGCCAGAGGAAGAUGGGCGCCUGCUAUACCAGCAGCAGGAGGCAGAGGACGCGGCCCCUGACCUCUCGGAGGAUUAUUCCACAGCUGAUGAGCUGGCACGCACAGGCGAGGCUGACCUGUCACAUACCAGCUCUGACGAUGAGUCCCGGGCAGGCACUCCUUCUCUGGUCACUUAUCUCAAGAAGGCUGGGAAGCCUGGUUCCUCUCCACUGGCCAGCAAGGUCAGGGCCCCAGCAGCCCCCUCUGGAAAGCUGCAGAAGCAGCAGAAGCAGCCGGCCACAGUGUGCUUGCCGCCAGAAGAGUGGAGUAGUGAGGGCCUCGCCGACCCAUCCCUGGACAAGGCAGCUGUGAAGAUCCAGGCUGCCUUCAAGGGCUACAGAGUGCGGAAGGAAAUGAGGCAACAGGAGGGGCCCAUAUUCCGUAGCACAUUUGGGGACACUGAAGCUCAGGUGGGGGAUGUCUUGCGUCUGGAGUGUGUAGUAUCCAGCAAGGCAGACGUGCAGGCUCACUGGCUGAAGGAUGGUGUGGAGCUGACUGAUGGCCGACACCACCACAUUGACCAGCUCAAGGAUGGCACCUGCUCUCUACUGGUCACUGGUGUGGGCCAAGCUGAUGCUGGCUGCUACACCUGCCAGGUGAGCAGCAAGUUUGGCCGUGCAGUCCACAGCGCCCGGGUGGUCAUCAGCGGGACAGAGAGUGAGGCUGAGAGCUCCUCUGGCAGUGAGCUGGAUGACGCCUUCCGCCGGGCAGCCCGGCGGCUCCACCAUCUCUUCUGCACCAAGGGCCCAGCAGAGAUUUCAGAUGAGGAGAUCUUCUUGAGUGCGGAUGAGGGCUUAGCAGAGUCCGAGCAACCUGGGGACUGGCAGACAUACCGAGAAGAUGAACACUCGGUCUGCAUCCGCUUCAAGACAUUGGCUGAGGCCCGCCGGGCAGCUACCCACUUCCAGGAGAUGUUCCAAAUGCUGGGCAUUGGGGUGGACAUCAGCCUGUCAGAGGAGGGGCACCAGGGGGUGGAAAUACGCAUCACCAAGGUGUCCCUCAUCCCUGUGGCGCCUUUGGAGCCAGUGCCCAGCUUGUGCACCACAGAGUCCGCCCCAGUGUUCCUGACUGAGCUGCAGAACCAGGAGGUGCUGGAUGGGUAUCCUGUGAGCUUCGACUGCGUGGUGACGGGUCAACCAGUGCCCAGCGUACGCUGGUUCAAGGAUGGGAGGGUACUGGAGGAAGACGACCACUACAUGAUCAGUGAUGACCAGCAGGGCGGCCAUCAGCUCAUCAUUACGGCUGUGGUACCUGCAGACAUGGGUGUCUACCGCUGCCUGGCUGAGAACAGCAUGGGUGUAUCCUCCACCAAGGCUGAGCUCCGAGUGGACUUGACCAGCACUGACUACGACACUGCCGCAGAUGCCACAGAGACCUCGUCCUACUUCAGUGCCCAAGGCUACCUGUCCAGCCAUGAGCAGGAGGGUGCAGAGUCUACGUCAGAGGAGGGACAACUGCCCCAGAUAGUGGAGGAGUUGAAAGACCUCCAGGUGGCUCCUGGCACACGCCUGGCCAAGUUCCAGCUCAAGGUGAAAGGCUACCCGGUGCCCCGCCUAUACUGGUUCAAAGACGGGCAGCCCCUGGCUGCUUCCACACACAUUCACAUGGUGGACAAGAAGACACUGCACACCCUGGAGAUCUUCUCAGUCACUGGUGAGGACGCUGGCCAGUACUCAGCCUAUGUCAGCAACACCGUGGGUGCUGCCUACUCAUCUGCUCGGCUCCUGGUCCGAGGCCCCAGUGACCCAGAGGAGAAGCCAGCAGCAGUUGUGCAGCAACAGCUGGUACCGCCCCGAUUCCUGGAGAAGUUCACCUCCAAGAAGGUGAAGAAGGGCUCCAGCAUCACUUUCUCCGUGAAGGUUGAAGGUCUGCCAGCGCCAGCUGUGCAUUGGCUGCAGGAGGAGGCAGAGCGGGUACUGUGGAUUGGCCCAGACACACCAGGCUACACAGUGGCCAGCUCAGCGCAGCAGCACAGCCUGGUCCUACUGGAUGUGGGCCGACAGCACCAGGGCAUCUACAACUGUAUCGCAUCCAAUGCUGCUGGCCAGGCCCUCUGCUCCGCCAGCCUACGUGUCUCUGGCUUGCCCAGGGAGGUGGAGUCAGUGGGGGAGACAGCUGGGGUGAAGGAGGCCCUCAUCUCUACCUUUCUUCAGGGGACCCAAGCUGUCUCCGAACAGAUGCUGGAACCUGCAGGUUUCACUGACCUUGCUGGGCAAAAAGGAGAGCCCCUGACACCUAAGGCCCAUGGCCACUUGUCCCUGGCUGAGGUGGGCACAGAGGAGUUCCUGCAGAAGCUGACCUCACAAAUAACAGAGAUGGUGUCGGCCAAGAUCACUCAGGCCAAGCUGCAGGUGCCUGGAGGUGACAGUGACGAGGAGUCCAAGACACCGUCCGCAUCCCCCCGGCAUGGCCGCUCCCGCCCCUCCUCUAUUGUCCAGGAGUCGUCCUCAGAGUCAGAAGAUGGAGACUCCCGGGGAGAGAUCUUUGAUAUCUAUGUGGUCACAGCUGACUACCUGCCUCUGGGGGCUGAGCAGGACACCAUCUCGCUGCGGGAGGGCCAGUAUGUGGAGGUGUUGGACUCAGCCCACCCUCUGCGCUGGCUUGUGCGCACCAAGCCCACCAAGUCCAGCCCCUCACGACAGGGCUGGGUAUCCCCUGCCUACCUGGACAAGCGGCUCAAGCUGUCACCUGAGUGGGGGCCUGCUGAGGUCCCCGAGUUCCCUAAGGAAGCUGUGUCUGAGGAUGAGUAUAAGAGGCGGCUGAGCUCCGUCAUCCAGGAACUGCUGAGCUCCGAGCAGGCCUUUGUGGGCAAGCUGCAGUUCCUGCAGAGCCACCACAUGGAGUACCUGGACCACUGCCCCCAUGUGCCUGCCACCGUGGUCAGCCAGAAGGCUGUCAUUUUCCGUAACCUGCAGGAACUCAGCCACUUCCAUAGCAGCUUCCUGCAGGAGCUGCAGAUCUGUGACACAGAUGAUGAUGUGGCCAUGUGCUUCAUUAAGAACCAGGUGGCCUUCGAGAAGUACUUGGAGUUCCUGGUGGGCCGAGUGCAGGCCGAGUCAGUGGUGGUCAGCACGGCUGUGCAGGAAUUCUACAAGAAAUACUCAGAGGAGGUGCUGUCGGCUGCUGACCCCUCACAGCCACCCCCACCCCCGCUACAGCACUUCCUGGAGCAGCCAGUCCAGCGGGUCCAGCAGUACCAGGCCCUGCUCAAGGAGCUGAUCCGCAACAAGGCUCGGAACCGGCAGAACUGCACACUGCUGGAGCAGGCCUAUGCAGUAGUGUCUGCCCUGCCUCAGCGUGCCGAGAACCAGCUGCAUGUUUCGCUCAUGGAAAACUACCCGGGCACCCUGGAAGCCCUGGGCGAGCCCAUCCGCCAGGGCCACUUCAUCGUGUGGGAGGGGGCACCGGGUGCAAGGAUGCCCUGGAAGGGCCACCACCGCCACGUCUUCCUGUUCCCACACCACCUGGUAGUCUGCAAGCCCAGGAGGGACUCACAUACCGAUACCUUCAGCUAUGUGUUCCGGAACAUGAUGAAGCUGAGCAACAUCGACCUGAAUGAGCAGGUGGAGGGGGAUGACCGCGCCUUCGAGGUGUGGCAUGAGCGGGAGGACUCGGUGCGCAAGUUCCUCCUGCAGGCACGGACUGUCAUCACCAAGAAUACCUGGGUGAAGGAGAUCAGCAGCAUCCAGCAGCGUCUGGCCCUGCCUGUCUGGCGGCCCCCAGAUUUUGAGGAAGAGCUGGCCGACUGCACAGCUGAGCUGGGUGAAACAGUCAAGCUGGCCUGCCGUGUGAUUGGCACACCCAAGCCUGUCAUCAGCUGGUACAAAGAUGGGAAGCCAGUAGAGGUGGAUCCUCACCACAUUCUCAUUGAAGACCCAGAUGGCUCAUGCACUCUCAUUCUGGACAACCUGACUGGUGCUGACUCUGGCCAGUACAUGUGCUUUGCAGCCAGCACUGCUGGCACAGCCAGCACCCUGGGCAAGAUCCUGGUACAGGUUCCUCCACGGUUUGUGAACAAGCUCCGGGCAGUGCCUUUUGUGGAAGGAGAGGACGCCCAGGUCACCUGCACCAUCGAAGGUGUUCCACACCCUCAGAUCAGGUGGUACAAGGAUGGGGCCCUGCUGUCCACUGGCGGAAAGUACCGGACCCUGAGUGAGCCACGCAGUGGCCUGCUCAAGCUGGAGAUCCAGGAGGCCAGCAAGGAAGAUAUGGGCUACUACGAGUGCGAGCUGGUGAACCGGCUGGGCUCGACACGGGGCGGCCUGGAGCUGGGCCUGCAGGGCUCCACACUACAGGCCGGGGAACAGCGCCACCGCCGGGAGCAUACCACUGCCAUGAUGGAAGCUGCCCUGGAGAAAAAGGACCAGGACAUCAGGUCUCUCCAGAGGAUGCUGAUGGGCCCUGAGGCUCCAGGAACCUCUACAGGCGACCACGCCAGCCUAAUCCCCAGGGAACCACUUGCUCUCCAGGAGGCCAGCUCCCAGCUCCUAUGCACAGAGGCUGCACAUGAACCUGCAGAGCCCAGGCAGGUGCUGCAGUCCCUUCAACCUAUGAGUCAGGGUCAAGGCUCGGAGCCCCUCUCCAUGGCACACAAACAAACUGUUCCCAUCAGGGUGGAGUCCACAGCCUGGCCAGAGACAGGGGCCACAGAGCUCUGGGAUGUCUGCAGCCAUGUGUUCACAGAGACCACUCACCGGACAUAUGUGUACCAGGCUGGCGAUGCGGGGGCCACAGGGCCCCCAUCCAUGCAGAUCACCAUCGAGGAUGUGCAGGCACAGAGGGGCGGCACAGCGAAAUUCCAGGCUGUCAUCGAGGGUAACCCACAGCCCACAGUGACCUGGUAUAAGGACAACGUCCAGCUGGUGGACAGCACAUGGCUCAGCCAGCAGCAGGAAGGGACAGCCUAUUCUCUGGUGCUCAGGAAUGUGGGCCAGCAUGACGCUGGUGUUUACACCUGCCUGGCCCAAAAUGCUGGUGGCCAGGUGCUGUGCAAGGCAGAGCUGCUGGUGCAUGGGGGGGACAGCAACCUGGACCUAGAAAAGCAAAGCUGUCGGAGAAAACUGCACUCUUUCUACGAGGUCAAAGAAGAGAUUGGGAGGGGUGUGUUUGGCUUCGUGAAAAGAGUGCAGCACAAGGGCAACCAGAUGUCCUGUGCUGCCAAGUUCAUCCCCCUACGGAGCAGGACACGUACCCAGGCUUACCGGGAGAGAGACGUGCUUGCGGAGCUGAGCCACCCACUAGUCACUGCGCUGCUGGACCAGUUUGAGACUCGCAAAACUCUCAUCCUUGUCCUGGAGCUGUGCUCCUCAGAGGAACUGCUGGACCGCCUGUUUAAGAAGAGCGUGGUGACAGAAGCAGAGGUCAAAGUCUACAUCCAGCAGCUGGUGGAGGGGCUGCACUACCUGCACAGCCAUGGCAUCCUACACCUGGACAUAAAGCCCCCCAACAUCCUGAUGGUGCAUCCUGCUCGGGAAGACAUUAAAAUCUGCGACUUCGGCUUUGCCCAAAAGAUCACCCAGACAGAGCCAAAGUACAGCAAGUAUGGGUCCCCUGAGUUUGUGUCCCCUGAGAUCAUCGAGCAGAACCCUGUCAGUGAGGCUUCUGAUAUCUGGGCUAUGGGGGUCAUCUCCUACCUCAGCCUGACCUGCUCAUCCCCAUUUGCCGGCGAGAGUGACCGAGCAACCCUCCUGAAUGUGCUGGAGGGGCGGGUGUCCUGGGGCAGCCCAGUGGCUGCACACCUCAGCCAGGAUGCUCAGGACUUCAUUAGGGCUGCCCUGCAGAGAGCUCCAGAAGCCCGGCCCAGUGCAGCCCAGUGUCUUGCCCACCCCUGGUUUUUGAAAUCCCUGCCUGCAGAGGAGGCCCACUUCAUCAACACCAAGCAGCUCAAAUUCCUCCUGGCCCGCAGCCGCUGGCAGCGCUCCCUGAUGAGCUACAAGUCCAUCCUGGUGAUGCGUUCCAUCCCGGAGCUGCUCCAGGGCCCGCCAGACAGCCCGUCUCUUGGAGUGGCCCGGCACCUGCGUGGUGAUGCCAGUACCUCUUCUAGUAGCACCUCGUCCUCCGACAACGAGCUGGCACCCUUCGCCCGGGCCAAGUCUCUGCCACCCUCUCCUGUGACUCACUCCCCCCUUAUGCACCCACGGGGUUUCCUGCGUCCAUCUGCCAGCCUGCCAGAAGAGGCUGAGGCCUGUCUUCCCAUGGAGGCAGCACCCCUGCCUGAGGCACCUGGGGGCUCAGAGUCCCCAGUUGCCCCAGGCUGUGUGCCCCGGCAAAGCAUUAUCCACAGCCUGUUCUACCAGCAGGCAGGCAAGAGCCUGGAGUGUGGGGCCCUGGCCAAGGGCAGCAGACGGAUCCCUGUGCGGCAGAGGCACCUCCUCAAGGGUGGGUACUUUGCGGGCCCCCUGCCUGGCCUUCGAGAGCCACUGCUGGAGCACCAGGCACUGGAGGAGGAGGCCGCCCAGGAGGAGCAGGCUGCCCCGAUGGCCAAGGCACCCUCCUUAGAUACUUCCCUGAGGCUGCCUGGUACCAGCGCCAGCACCCCUGGAGGCCCCCACCACUGCAGCCACUCCCUGGAUGUUGACCUUGCACAUUCUGCCAUCUCCUCUGCAGAGGCCUGCCAUGAGGGCCAGUGUUUCACCCCUGCCCUCUGGGGCCACCAGGAGGCCCUGGGAGGAGAGAAUGUGCCUAGAGAGGUCAAAGAUGUCAUGGAGAGGGGGUUUCCAAAAGGACGGGGACUAUGUUCAUCCACCGGUGGGGAUCCUGGCUUUGCUGAGCAAGAGGGGUUGUCCCAGGACAGCUGUGGGGGGCAGCUAGCUCCUUUUAGUCACCCCCAGUGGGGUCCUUCCCCCAGGAAGGGUUGUGAUGCCCCAGUGGCUGUUGCAUCCCAAGCUCCUGGUGCCUUUCCUCCAGAGCACUGCUCGGAGGCUCUCUUGGCAACCCCGAGACCCCUCUUCUCUGGUGAACUCCAGGCUCCCUUCUCCCCAGCUCAAGCAAGCCUCCCGUCAGGCUCUAGGAGGGAGCUGGAAGCCACCCCUCUCCCUGGGAGGGCCAAUCUUCCAAGUUCUCCAGGGCUAGCCUCCCCAUCUGGCACAGAACCUGGCCUGCCCCCGGACGUCAAGGCUCUGGCCCAGGAGACAGAGGACCUAUGUGAGUCUGAGCUCAGCCCUCCUUGGCCUCAGGAGCAGGCAACCUCACGCAAGUUCUCCCUUGGGCACCGUGGAGGCUACGCAGGGGUGGCCGGCUACGGCGCCUUUGCCUUUGGUGGGGAUGCGGGAGGCAUGCUGGGACAGGGGCCCCUGUGGUCCAGGAUGGCCUGGGGUACCUCUCAGUCCUUGGAGGAACAGGAUGAAACAGGGGCUCAGAGCCCACACCCCCAGGCCAGUGCGGUGUCCCUGCCAGAGGGCUGUGAAGUCCCCACAAGGGCCUUCCCAGAGCUGACCUUGUGCGAAGACUUCGGCUGGGGGUCCCAGGUGUCACUGGUACAAAUCCAGGACCUGUCAGGGGACACUGAGGCAGCUGACACUGUGUCUCUGGACAUAUCAGAGGUGGAGCCAGCCUAUCUCAACCUGUCAGACCUGUAUGACAUCAAGUACCUCCCCUUUGAGUUCAUGAUCUUCAGGAGGGUCCCCAAGCCGGACCUGCCACCCUCCCCAGCAUCUGAGGCCAGGGAGGAGCUGGCUGAGUUCCCAGAGGCCCCGUUGCCCUGGCAGGGCCUCCCCACCGGCCUGGAGAUCAGAGAGGAGCUGGAGGACACAGGACUGCUGCUCAGGGAGGCAGGCAGCAACAGGAAACGCAGGUGGUCACCCCCCUCCAGGGGCCUCCUGUGCUCCUCCUCGAGGCAGGCGCUGUUGAAGGAGCCAGUGGAACUGGGGCUUCACCAGAGGAUGAGGGCCUCGGUGGCCCAUAUCUCCCGCCUCCUGAGGGGCAGGCUUCAAGGUCCAGAGAAGGAGGGGCCCCCCAGGAAAAAGGCAGGCCUAGCUUCCUUCCGGCUGUCAGACCAGAAGAACAGAGACCAAGCGCCAUAUUUCCUAAGGAAGCUAGUAGAUGAGACAGUGGUCCUGGGCCAGUCUGUGACUCUUGCCUGCCAGGUGUUGGCCCAGCCAUCGGCCCAGGCCACCUGGAAUAAAGACGGGGCCCCCCUGGAGAGCAGCAGCCGCCUCCUCAUCUCCUCCACGCUCAAGAAUUUCCACAUUCUGACCAUCCUGGCAGUGACUUCUGAGGACCUGGGUGUGUACACGUGCAGUGUGCGCAAUGCGCUGGGCACAGCGGCCACCAGAGCUGUCCUCCGGAAGGCAGAGUGCCCCCCAUCCUCCCCACGCCCAGACAUUGGGGAGGUGUACACAGAUGGGGUGCUGCUGGUCUGGAAGCCUAUGGAAUCCUGUGGCCCUGUGACCUACAUCGUGCAGUGCAGCCUGGAAGGUGGCAGCUGGAGCACACUGGCCUCGGACAUCUUUGAUUGCUGCUACCUGGCCAGGAAUCUUUCGAAGGGUGGUGUGUACACCUUCCGGACCGCGUGCGUCAGCAAGGCUGGCAUGGGCCCCUACAGCAGCCCCUCGGAGCAGGUCCUCCUUGGAGGGCCUGGCCACCUGGCCUCUGAGCAGGACAGCGGCCCUGCAUUGCUGACCCAUCUGCUCCCCAGCACACAGACCUUCGCCUUCCAGACGCAGAUCCGAAGGGGCCGCUUCAGCAUUGUGCGGCAGUGCCGGGAAAAGGCCAGUGGACGCCCACUGGCUGCCAAGAUCAUCCCCUACCGCCCAGAGGAAAAGACGACUGUGCUUCGAGAGUACGAGGCCCUCAAGGGCCUGUGUCACCCACACCUGGCCCAGUUGCAGGCUGCCUUCCUCAGCCCGCGGCACCUGGUCCUCAUGUUGGAGCUGUGCUCUGGGCCAGAGCUACUCCCCUGCCUGGCCCAGCGGGCCUCCUACUCAGAAUCUGAGGUGAAGGACUACCUGUGGCAGAUGCUGAGUGCUACCCAGUACCUGCAUGCACAGUGCAUCCUGCAUCUGGACCUCAGGUCUGAGAACAUGAUUGUCACGGAAUACAACCUGCUCAAGGUGGUCGACUUGGGCAAUGCUCAGAGCCUCACCCAGGAGACGGUCUUGCCCUCAGAGAGGUUCAAAGACUAUGUGGAGACCAUGGCUCCGGAGCUCCUGGAGGGCCAGGGUGCUGGUCCACAGACUGACAUUUGGGCCAUCGGUGUGACUGCAUUCAUCAUGCUGAGUGCCGAGUACCCAGUGAGCAGAGAGGGCAUGCGGGACAUGCAGAAAGACCUGCGGAGAGGGCUCAUAUUGCUGAGUCGCUGCUACGCCGGGCUGUCUGGGGGCGCCUUGGCCUUCCUGCAGAGUACGCUGUGUGCACACCCCUGGGGCCGGCCAAGUGCUUCCAGCUGCCUGCAGUGCCCAUGGCUGACUGAGGAGGGCCCAGCCUGCUCUCAGCCUUCCACUGUGACCUUUCCCACUGGGCAUCUGCGCGCCUUUGUGCGUGAGCGUGAGAAGAGACGGGCACUGCUGUACAAGAAGCACAACCUGGCGCAGGUGUACUGAGCACUUGGCCCUGCAGGAUCACAAAACCAGUGGCCACAUGCACACAGGGCACUGUGGGCCUGGCCCCUACAAGCUGUAUCCACCAAUAAAAACCAGCACCACAGGAGG